GCUCGCCUUUGACAGAGAGCCCUGGUUAGCUGUCGCGCGCUGUAAUUCCCCAGCCAUUCAAACCAAGCAGCUCGCCGGUGAUCUAAUUUAACCCCAACACGAGCCCUCAGCACAGGGACAGUUAGCUUCAGCGAGGCGCUAGCGUCAACCGGUUGUUUGCCAGCGGACAAAAAGGACGGCGACAAAGAUGUCUAAAGACACGGAAAUGAAGAACGAGAAAAUCAUGGACAUGGAGAGCAAGGUGCUGUGGUACCCGGACUCCAAGAGGAACACACUAAUGGAUACGUUUAGGAAACAGGUCAACCGGGACUACGGAUUUAAUCUCGUCAACUACAAUGAGCUGUAUCAGUGGUCGGUGGACAGUUAUUCAGAUUUCUGGGCAGAAGUGUGGCGCUUCUGUGGCGUCGUCAGCUCCAAGCCAUAUGAAGAGGUUGUGGAUUUAUCCAAACGGAUCUCGGAUGUUCCAGAGUGGUUUCAAGGUGCUCGGCUCAACUACGCUGAGAACUUGCUCAAACAUGCAGACCAGGACAAAGUAGCUCUCUAUGCUGCAACGGAGGCCAAUGAUGAGAUUGUGAAGGUGACGUUUGGGGAGCUGAGGCGUGAUGUCGCAUUGUUUGCUGCAGCCAUGAGGAAGAUGGGCCUCCAGACUGGAGACAGGGUCGUAGGCUACCUGCCCAAUGGUAUCCAUGCAGUGGAGGCCAUGUUGGCAGCAGCCAGCAUUGGAGCCAUUUGGAGCUCCACGUCAGUCGACUUUGGAGUCAACGGUGUCCUUGACAGGUUUUCCCAAAUCCAGCCCAAGCUGCUCUUCUCUGUUGCUGCUGUGGUUUACAACGGGAAAACACAUGACCACAUGGACAAGCUGAUCAGUGUCGUCAAAGGUCUGCCUGACCUGAAGAGAGUCGUGGUGAUUCCCUACGCUCGCUCCAAACAAGAGACGGACCUCUCCAAGAUACCCAACAGUGUAUUUAUCGAUGAUUUCUUGGCGUCUGGUCGUGGCGAGGCUGACCAGUUUCCUCAGCUGGAGUUUGAGCAGCUUCCAUUCAGUCAUCCUCUGUUCAUCAUGUACUCUUCUGGCACCACAGGAGCUCCGAAAUGCAUGGUCCACUCUGCUGGGGGCACGCUCAUCCAACACUUGAAAGAACACAUUCUCCAUGGCAAUAUGACCAGCAGUGAUGUCAUCAUUUACUACACCACGACCGGCUGGAUGAUGUGGAACUGGCUGGUGUCUGCUCUGGCAGUGGGAGCCUCUGUGGUUUUAUAUGACGGUUCACCACUAAUGCCCACACCCAAUGUACUGUGGAACCUGACAGACCAGCUGGGCAUCACUAUUUUAGGUACCGGCGCCAAGUGGCUGUCUGUGCUGCAAGAGAGGAACCUGAAACCCGCGGAAUCGCACAACCUCCAGUCUCUCCACACCAUCCUGUCAACUGGAUCUCCUCUCAAACCUCAGAGCUACGACUAUGUCUACCGCUGCAUCAAGAGCAACGUGCUGCUGGGCUCCAUCUCAGGCGGCACUGACAUAGUGUCCUGUUUCAUGGGUCAGAACCCAACAGUUCCAGUGUAUCGGGGUGAGAUCCAAACAAGAAAUCUCGGCAUUGCUGUGGAAGCCUGGGGCCUUGAUGGUAAGCCCGUAUGGGGAGAGAGCGGGGAGCUUGUUUGCUUGAAACCAAUCCCCUGCCAGCCAACACGCUUCUGGAACGACGAGAACGGGAGCAAAUACCACAAAGCGUACUUCUCUACAUAUCCUGGGGUGUGGGCUCACGGAGAUUACUGCAAAAUCAACCCAAAGACGGGAGGCAUUGUGAUGCUGGGCAGAAGUGAUGGCACAUUGAACCCCAAUGGAGUCCGAUUUGGCAGCUCAGAGAUCUACAACAUCGUGGAGGCAUUCGAGGAGGUGACAGACAGUCUUUGCGUUCCUCAGUACAAUGCCGAUGGAGAAGAGCGCGUUAUUUUGUUCUUAAAGAUGGCACCUGGUAGGCCCUUCUGUCCGGAGUUGGUGGCGAAGAUAAAAGGAGCCAUUAGAAAAGCUCUGUCUGCCAAACACAUCCCAUCUCUGCUGAUGGAGACCAGAGACAUUCCAUACACCAUCAGCGGUAAGAAGGUGGAGGUGGCUGUGAAACAGGUGAUUGCUGGACGGGAAGUGGCGCAAAGAGGAGCUUUCUCCAACCCUGAUUCGCUGGAGCUCUACAAGAACAUUCCUGAACUGCAAAACUAUUAGAGAGGAGGCUUCACUGAGCUGGAGAGGACCUGCAAAAGAGAACCAGCUGACAAGACUUCAGCUUAGUUUUUAAUGGACUUAAUUCAGAUUUACAGGAACAGGGAGAUAUGCACUGGGAUAGUUUACAGAGGCACUUUCAGCUUUGUACGUGGCAUAAAAACAUCAAAAUCAAACAAGAAAUGGUACAAAUAGUAUGUAAAAAUGAGCGCUGUACUGCUCCAUUGGCUAGCUUUCAAUCAAGUGAUUAAGCAGCUGCUACCAAGUUGUUCAAGUAAAUGUGGGGUGAUGUAUUCAGCUUUGGAUAUAAUAUGAUGUGGACAGCACCACUUGUUUAUAAGCUCAUGCUCUGAAGCCACCAAUAAUAGGGAAGUGUAAUUUAUCGUCGCUUUGCUCUGGCCUCACAUUGUGCUGUCAGCCAGUGAAGAACCAUAUCUCUCUGUGUCCCCGGCGUUAACCCCAGUGAUGGUUCUGAGUGGGUCCCAGACUGAAAACACAUUGAAGUGUGCAGAUCAACACACACACACACACACACACACCUGGGAUUAACAACUCAGCUCAUAUCACCAUAUCAUUGCUAUGUGGUGCAUAUUGCUUUAUCAAAUGUAUGUAUAUAUGAAUAUAUAUAUUUUGGACUGUGAAAUUCAGAUAACAUUAUAAUUAUGCUUUUGAAGAUAGUGACCCAAACCUGUUGACCAAAGUGAGUCUCAGCUUUAGAGGGUCGUAACACGUCAGGAGAUGUAGUUUAAAUCAAUAAACUAGAGGUUUCCAGAUAAAACUUACUGAACUUUUCCCCAACCUUUAUAAAGUUAUUGAUCUCUGAGGUAUUACAUGUGCAAAUCCUAUCAAUGAUUUGACUUUGUAACAAUUGUUUUAUUCCGCCCAAAACGUAAAGGCAUGUAUUGAUGAAGCCAAGGUCAAGUGCGAUCUGAAAGUGAGCAAAGGUUUAUUUCACCACAAAAGCCUCUAUUUAUUCGUAGCGUAUUGAUGUUCCAUGUUUGUCAUAACUAAGAAAAAGGUGUUUUCCUAAUAACUACAGUGUACAUGGGGAAUCUGAAUUGUUUAUACGAAAAGUCCUCAUGCUGUGUGGCAAAGCCUAAAAGUGAAUUCAUGCUAUUAAAGGUGAACUGCAGUGGUUUUGGGUACUAGUAGCACGACUGAGCGUACGAUAACAAAAAUCACUUGGGUUCCCAUUUCCUGUUGGGAGCAUUUGAUCUUUGGAGGAAGCAUUUUGUACUCCUACAGAGGUAACAUUUCUAAUUUCUUUUUUUUUUUAUUAUUUGACUUUUAAUUCAGUCUUGUUGCUGGAUUAUUUGAAACAUAUUUAAAGGUACGGAUUUAAAUAAAUCGACUGGAAAAGUCUGCAGUUUCUUUAAUGUCAUAUUCACUGAUUUAAUGAAUGUCCUCUUUAAAGGCACCCUGUGGUCUUUUUGGCCACUUGCAGCUCUGUGAUGCAGUGUUUUGAUGAUUGGGUCCCUGUUAAGUUUUGUAUCUUUUGCAUGAGUGUGCAGGUGACGGGAUACAUAUUCCUUCCAAUGGUGUCACACUGCUCCACUGAUUGGCAGGUGGCAGUAAUGUAAAUCAGCUUUUCUAAUGCUGACAUUUUUUUUUUAUUGGCCUCAAGGAUGCAGAAGACGAAUAUAAAGUCCCAAAGAUGCAUAGGCUCUUUCUUAUAGAGACGGGGGUCAUACUGUUCACUUAGCACUUUAGUACAGUCUACUGUAUGUGGUCAUAAUGACAUCUGGGUAAAAUGGCAGAUCUACCGUUUCGUUCUGAAGUAUGCAUGCAGGUUAGGCAGUUCUUCUUGUGAGAGUUUGCAAACAUGAUGCUGGGUGUGUCACAUGUAAAUAACUUAAUUGUACUUGGUUGUUUCAUGUCUGCCUUUAGGAAAUCUAUAAUGUAAUUUGUACUUAUUUUGGUGUUGCGAUAUAAAGUGUAUUGAAUCCGA